GCCUUUUGACUUGCUGGUGGUGUUCAAGUAGAUAUGUAUAUAUAUUUGUGUUGACAUAAUACGGGUGGGAGUAUGACUAACCAUUUCAUUCGCAGACUAGUGUACACUUGAAAAUGUGGCUACAAUUUGGGUUUUUCACAAUUUGGUGUAUUUUACAAAACGCUGCGUCAAUCCAAGCAUCCCAACCCAACAAUGAAAGCAACCAAACGCAAGUACCUCGUCCCUAUUUGCUAACGGAAAAUGGUUCAAAAAUUAUAGGUGGCUCGCCUGUGGGCAUUACAAGUGCACCAUGGCAAGUUUCGGUGCGUCUAAAGAAAAACGAGUUUAACUACGGCUAUGGCCACAUAUGUGGAGGAUCGGUGAUAACAACGCGCGUGAUUAUUUCAGCGGCGCAUUGUACCGUCAACUCCGCUGUGACGCCAAACACAUAUCGUGCCGCCAGCGAGUUUACCUUAGUUAUGGGAUCUGUUUAUCUGUACGAGGUCACUCCAUAUACGCUGCAGUUCAAUGUACUGGAAGUGGUGCCAAAUCCUGAUUACGAUCGCACAACACUCCAAAACGAUGUGGCAUUGUUUUUCAUAGAUGGCUUGAUUCCUAAAAAUUAUGCAACUGUAGCACCAAUUUCGCUUAACCGACUGGCCUUGUCAGCGGGUGUCAAUUGUACGGUGACCGGUUGGGGCAUAACGGAAAGCGGCAUAGUUUGGCCAGAACUAUUGAGUGCUGUCGUCCCGAUUGUCGCUUCGUCCCAGUGCAACACCAGCUAUGAAGGCGCCAUUACUCAGGGUAUGAUUUGUGCUGGCUACCUGGAGACUGGCGGUGUAGACGCCUGUCAGGGAGAUUCUGGUGGUCCAUUGGCAUGCAAUGACACUUUGGCAGGUGUUGUUUCUUGGGGCAAUGGUUGUGCGCUGCGCGGCUACCCCGGUGUCUAUGCGAAUGUCUCCGAGUACUAUGACUGGGUGUUGCUGACGAACUCCACAUUUAAUUACACCUAUUACAGUGGUGCUAUGGGCCGAAGUUGUAGGCUGCAGCAACUAGUGUGGGGAAUUUUCUGUGUGUUGAUUAGUUCGAUAUGGUCAAAAGUGGCAAUAACCUAUCAGAUUUAUUGCUCUGUCAAUCAUAGCUUUUGUGAUUUCUCUGCAAUAAAUCAGCUCAGAAGUAUGGAUUUCCUAAGGUUUUUUCGGUUUAUAUUUUACGCCUGCUUGGGAUUUCAAGUAGCACAAUCUGCAAAGUUUGGCCACUUGAGCAAUCCACUUGAGAACCUGCACAAAAAUGAACCGAAAAUAAUUAAUGGCACUGAGGCGCAAUGGGAAGGGACGAGAUAUCAGGUGUCGGUGCGCUUGACGACGAGUGAUUGGUUUUUUGGUGCCGGGCACAUAUGUGGCGGUACGCUUAUCUCGUCCAGAGCCGUGCUUACGGCCGGACAUUGCAUAUGGAGUGCCAAUCGUUUUCGCAAUGCCAGCGAUUACUCAGUGGUUCUGGGAAAUUUGAAUCGUUAUCAGCGAGACAAUAACUCGUUAGUUUUCGGCGUGACAAAAAUCUCCGUGCACCCCAAUUUCAAUGCAACCACAUACGAAGCUGACGUGGCAGUGUUGCAUUUGGACGCUGCAGUGCCGAUGAAUUUUACAAAGGUCUACCCAAUACCACUAAAUGACGAACGCAAUUUGAAUGCAGGCACCGUUUGCCAGGUAUCCGGCUGGGGCCGCACCGAAAACGGCGGCUACUCUCCUGAGUUGAGGGUGGUUGAUGUGGCCGUUGUGAAUAGGAGCCAAUGCGCCACUAAUUAUGGAGGUUUCAUACGCGAUGUCAUGAUUUGUGCUGGUUACAUGGAAGGUGGACGCGAUGCGUGUGUCGGUGAUUCUGGUGGGCCACUGGUUUGUGUUGGCAAACUGGUGGGCGUAGUGUCGUUUGGCGUAGGCUGUGCAGAACCCGGCUACCCAGGCGUGUACGCUGAUGUGGCCAGCUACGUGAAGUGGAUACAAAACGAAACGAACUCAUUCCAGGAGUUGGGUGGUUUCACUGAAGAUGGUGCUGGUUUUAGUGAUGAUGGCGAUAGCAAUCCUAGUCCCAUUGGUUAUGGUGGAGUUGUUGGCAAUAAUGCGGCCAUUGCGCGUAGUACUUUUAUGUUGGCAUUUUCGUUUUGGUUAUUUCUCAUAGGGGCCUGAAUGCAUGAAUUGAAAUCUUUGUUCGAAAAUUUUAAAUAAAAUAUAAAAGAAAA